ACUUCUGGUUUUCCGGUAGCCAGAGAGUCAAGUGAAUGAGACUUGUGGAGUUAACCUUCUAAUGAUGGAGGUCAAUAAUAAUUCCCCAGCAGAAGAUCUUGAUGUGGAGGGGAAUCGUCCAGACCGUACAAACCUCACGCUGAUAGUUGGGGGAGAGAAAAUGACCUGUAGUCGAGACAAGCUGUCUAGCACCAGCGAUUACUUCAAAGCAAUGUUUGAAAGCAACAUGAGAGAGAGUACCUCGGACUGUAUAUCGUUGGAGCAGGUUGACCCAGAAGCCAUGAGGAUCAUUUUGGACUUCCUGGUCACCGGAAGGCUGGAUUUGACACAAGAAAAUGUCCAUAUUGUCACAGAGGCAGCAUGCAUGUUUCAGAUAAAGCUUGUGGUUGAUGAGUGCUGUGACCUAAUGUAUGACUUGCUGAGUGACGACAACUGUCUGGCAAUCAUAUCACUUACGCACACCUUUGCACUGGAUGAACUUUUCAACAAAGCUAAACGCCACUGUCUGUGGUACUUUUCAGAGGUUGUAAAGACGUCAAAUUUUGUAGACAUAGAUAUACACCUCCUGUGUCAGAUUCUGUCGGAGAGAAAAUUAGUGGUCAAAUCUGAAAUGAAAGUUUUUGAUGCCAUAGAAAGAUGGGUAUCACAUGACAUCGCAGAAAGGAAGAAGCAUCUGGAAGAGUUACUGCCCUUGAUUCGAAAGGAAGCUCUCACAGAGGAGGAGAUUUCCACAUUAAAAGAAAAAACACUUGUGAAGGGCUAUCAGCAUAUGUUUGAAAACUUUGAUACAUCAGCAGCAGCGAUACAGAAAUAUCGCCAAGUCCCGUACUGCCUUUGGAGUCUAGGAGGACAAGAUGACCCUUAUGAUGAUAUCUACGCCUCUGAUGAUGAACCAGAUGUCGAACCCCAGCCAAAAAUCCUUAAACUCUGUGACAUUGAUACAACCUGUACCUUUGAGAGUAUUGCAAUGGACGAACAAGACCAUCCAUCCAUUAUACAGCAGGAGACGGGCUACAGUGUCUGUGUUCACGGUAAGGACAUAUAUGUGAGUGGAGGUCUGACAUCUCUGGGCCCUGGCAGAAACAGAUGGCUGCUGGACGUUUGGAAACUUGACACGUUUACUUGUGUGUGGGAGAGUGUGACCCAGCUCCAGUCACCACGCCGACACCACACCAUGAUCUGUGUCGGCGAUUCCCUCAUACUGUUAGGAGGAUUUGGAAAGUUUCGUAUGAAAUUGAAAACUUGUGAGGAGUUUAAUAUCAAAACAGGAGAAUGGAAAGAGUUACCUCCCAUGCCAGAGGAGUCCUUUUUGAUUGCUGCAUGUGCCACGUCAUCAAACCGAAUAUAUGCCUUCAAAUCUCAGGCCUUCUACUACGACCUAGGAUCCACUCACUGGACCAAGGUCCCGUCCUCCGUGUACAGCUUCACAAAGCUGGUACCCUCCAGUGCCGUAUACAUACCCAGUAGGGAAUGUGUUUAUAUUGUGUCACGCUACCACAAAGAUCUUCUGUGCUUCAACCUUGUGACGCAGACUCUGACAACGGUCGGACAAUUUCAGUAUGGAGAGGCUGCCAGCAAUGCUGUUGAGCAUAGAGGGAGGGUGUGUCGCUUCAAUGUCAGUUUUGUUCUUGAGUGGUAUGAUUACGUAAAGGAAGAGUUUUGUAGAUCUAAGUUUGUUGAUGGUAUCUCGGUGCUGAAUUUUCAUCUCUUACCAAUCCCAGACAUGUUAGGUGGGCAGUAACUACAGAUGAUGGCCCUAGAACCAUAAAUCAAAGUCCAACUUAAAAAUGUAGAUGAAAUUAAUAUUUUUGCUGGAUACAUUUCCGAUUUCAGGAAAUAGUUCAUAUUUUACAGUCAUUGCAUGUUGUGAAAUGGAAAUAGUUCAUAUUUUGCAGUCAUUGCAUGUUGUGAAAUGGAAAUAGUUCAUAUUUUGCAGUCAUUGCAUGUUGUGAGAAAUGGAAAUAGUUCAUAUUUUGCAAUCAUUAAAUGUUGUGAAAUGGAAAUAGUUCAUAUUUUGCAGUCAUUGCAUGUUGUGAAAUGGAAAUAGUUCAUAUUUUGCAGUCAUUGCAUGUUGUGAAAUAUGGAUUAUUUCAUUAAAAUCACAUUUUGAUAUUGUUCAGGGGGAAAAAGAAAAAACGGACGGUAUUUAGAUUUGGAUUUGUUCCUGCAGUCAGAUUCAUGGUGUAACUUUAGUGAAGGUUGAUGUGGAUGUUUUUUAAGUUACAGUAAAACCUUGAUAUAUUUCCCUCAAUUUAUCGCCAAACCCCUUUAUAAUGCGGAAAUUUCUCUAGACAAAUGGUGGCAGUAUAACAAGGUUUCACUGUUUUUUAUAUUGGUUUGUAAAAAAUACUUAGUUCAAAUUUCAACCUAAAAAUUGCACUCUGUAUUUAGGGAAUGAACUUAAAAAUAUCUCAAUAUUACCUAUAGGGUAGAAUGACAACAGAUCUUUGUGUAGAUCCAUCAGUAGCCAGUGAAUUGCCAAUUAAACUAUUUUUUCGUUUUCACUGGUACAUUCACGUAAAUGAAGGUCUGAAGUUUGAUAUAUAAGAAUAAGUACGAGUUAUUGAAGGAUGAAAUACUAAAUCAUAAGCAGAUUUAUAUAGUGCAUCAUCGCUCUUUUGGAGAACCCAGUUCAUCUAUGGGUACACCUGCAUUUAUGAAGAUAAUUUUGGUGAUCAUGAUAAUUUUGAAAACAAAGACUUUCAAAUAAGGAAGCAGAGAGCAAUUAGGGAUUUUUUCUUCCGUCUUUUGUGUAUGGAAUUUUAUAAAAUUUAAACCAAUUUGCCAACAGUGGAUUUUUACGAUAUUUGAACCAAAUUUCCGAAAUCUUACAAAAGUAUCAAGUAAAGGGGGCCUUUUCCUGACUAAGAAUUGGUUGUGCAGUGAUAGAAAUACCAUCUUCCGUUUUCCUAAGGCCCUCUAUGAAAUGGAUUCCUUGUUGAAACUUUUACCUCUUACGACCAAUGAUUUGACUAUGAAGUUUCUAAAGUGAUUUUUACACAUAUUUGAAUGUAUUGCCAAUUAUAUUGUGUGUAUUGUUAUUUAUCAGUACAGUGAAAUCUUGUCCAGGGGAUAUUAAACACGAAAUUGUUUCUUUUACAGAAAAUUAAAUAACUUUCGUCUUUAACAAUAUUUAAGAAUUACUUAUAAAAGGACAUACAUCUCCUUUUCAGUUUUAGACAAAAUGCUUGAAAUAUUUGAUUGAGAACACUCUUAUAAGAGACACAGGAAUGUAUGCAUAGCCUAACGCUUGGGUUGGUGUAUAUUUACUGUGCGAAUUGAAAUGUUGGAAGAAAGAUAGCUCUAGCAUAUAAAUUGGGGUUUAAUGUGUACUCUAGCAUAUAUCUAAUGUGCAAUGAGUUACCGGGACCUGUAUUGAUGAAACAGUUCUCGUGUCGCAAACUCAGAUUCUGUACUCAAGCCUAAUGUCUUGUUUUGCUGAGGAGUUACUGAAAAAAA